AUCGGCAUGUUAAUAAUAAUUAAAAACAAUAUAGUCAUUUAAAUUCUUAUUUCGAAAUAAGUUAACUGCAGGGCUGGUUCAGAUAUGGAUGCUGUUAUUUUGUUCAUACUUUUGCUAAUUCAAGUAAUUGUUUUGGUAGACGGUCAGUCGUGUUACCUUGGUUAUAACCCUUGUUCAGGAACUGAUUUGUGCUGUCCUGAUGGUUACGUUUGUACUGGGUCGUCAACCUGUUUAUCCAUUGGAGCAAUAGUCGGAGCCUGCAUUGGAGCUAUAGUUGGCCUGGUAUUUUUCAUCGUCCUCAUAUACCUCUGCUGUAGAUCAAAGAAAGGUACAGUUGGAACUGUUAUAACACAUCCGGGUGCCCACACCACAGUAGUAGGACAACAACAGUAUGGACAGCAAGCUUAUGGACAGCCACCUGUAUACGGCCAACCACAAUAAGGAAAAUCAAGCGGGUUUGCAUACCCUGGCCCGGAUCUAGCAUACACACCAACUAAAGAAUAACGUGUGUGCUACAGCAACUUUUCAGAAACUAGACGUUUACUAUAUUUGUCGACAUGCUAUUGAGUGGAUUUUACUUAACUGAUUUACAUAUAUACGUUUCCGUUUUACAGUGAAUAAAACACGAAAAUGGAAAUAUUAUUCUGUUACAUGCUGUCUUAUUCAUUAAUAGCAAAACUAUUUAGAUUUUAUUGCUCUUACCUUUAAAUUUGAAAGAAGAUUUUAUACAGUUUGUUGGUAUACUUUGUUGGUAUCAACCACUUUUACAUUCGAAUAAUAAAAUUCUUAUUCAAAGAUAAAAACAGAGGUUUUGAUUAAAAUUUUAAACUUAUUUUAAAGUGCAUUAAAGUUCAUAAUUCGUCUUAUAACAAUCUUACAAGUUCCAAAUAUUAAUUGAAAUCGUAAAAUAUCGAUAUAAUUGUGUGUACAUUUUUAAUUUGAGUUUAUGUGGAUGGUUAGUCAUCGCUUGAGUUAAAGGCUUAACUGAGUGUUAUGUUUGAUUUACAUUAUCUGUCAUGUUGUAUAUGCUGUAAACUAGGAUUACAUUUUUUUUAACAACAUAAAUAAAUAUUUAUUUCAAA